AUGGCUGAGGGAGAAGAAGAUAUGCCAAGGGAUGCCAAGAUUGUGAAAUCAUUGCUUAAAUCAAUGGGUGUUGAGGAUUAUGAACCUUGUGUUGUACAUCAGUUUUUGGAGUUGUGGUAUCGUUAUGUCGUUGAUGUGUUGACAGAUGCACAGGUUUAUUCAGAGCAUGCUGGCAAAACUGCAAUUGACUGUGAUGAUGUCAAGCUUGCUAUUCAAUCUAAAGUCAAUUUCAGCUUCUCGCAACCCCCGCCAAGAGAGGUUUUACUAGAGUUAGCCAGAAAUAGGAACAAAAUCCCAUUGCCUAAGUCGAUAGCUGGGCUUGGCAUCUCCCUCCCACCUGAGCAAGACACGUUGAUCAGUCCAAACUAUCAGCUUGCUAUCCCAAAGAAGCGACCUGCCCAGGCAGUAGAAGAAACAGAGGAGGAUGAAGAAAGUGCUGAUCCCAACCCAUCACAAGAACAGAAGACGGAUCCUCCGCCUCUUACUCCGCAAAGAGUAUCAUUUCCCCUCAACAAACGCCCUAAGUGA